CCCACUCUCAUUUCUGUCCACUUCCUUAGCCAUUUUCUCUCUCCUAGGGUUUGAGCUUCACUCUCUCUCAAGACUUUUCUCGUUCCAUUAAUGGCGCAGGAAGUGCAGAACGGAGGAGCUGACAAGGCGGUGAAGUUCACGGCAGUUAAGCCGCAGCUGAUGGUUGAAGCACCGAAGGCAGCUGACGCGGUUCAGUUCUACAAGACUGCCUUUGGCGCCGUCGAGGCCUGCCGUACUGUCAACAACAAGCGUAAGGCUGAGGAGGAGCUCCCUCACAUAUCCGCUCAGCUCGAGCUCGCUGGCUCCACUAUUCUCGUCUCUGACAUCUGCGUCGAUUCUGCUACGGUGAAGAGCCAUGGGUCCGGAUGUGUAAUCUGCCUCGAGACUGAGGACGUGGAAGCUGCCGUCGCUAAGGCUGUGGGUGCCGGAGCCGUUCAAGAGGGUGAGAUCACUGAAGGGGAAGGCGCGUGCUGCGGUGGUCGCGUGGGUAAGGUCAAGGAUCCGUACGGCUUUGUUUGGCUCAUCUGCUCCCCAGCCAAGAAGUGUGUUGACGUGGAAGCUUAAUCACCGCUAGAUCUGAUUUUUUCUUUUGUACCCGUAUGCUGGGCAUGGUGGGACUCUCGUAUCAGCUCGUCUACUAGUAGUAUUUUUUUUUGGCAAAAGAAAAAGAAAAAAAAAAAAAGAAGAGAACUUGGAUAUCUUAGUUUUUAACCCCAUGGCUGGUACUGUCCAAUGAUAAUUGACCUUUCUUACUUGCCUCUAUGACAGUAUUUAUGUAUUCAGGCUUCCAUCGGCUUCUUCUUUUUAUCGUACCUUUUUGUUUGGAUGUGUAUUUUCCUUUGGAUAAAUCGUUUCUUUGGGGAUGAGCAACGAGGCAGUAGGCACCAAG